UCCAACGGGACUUCUUGGAAGAAAACUUUCCAAAAAUUCAUCUCAGAGAACGGAAAUAAUAAGGGAGCAGGAUCAGGGCAGGUAGGGGACCUGGACAAGCAUCCACACCCACCAAGGAUGCACUGAACUAGGAAACAUCUGCUGAAGUGUCCCCCUCCCCUCCCAUCACAGCAAUGGCAUCAGAGCCCUCCAGCGCAGGCCCAGCAUCUCUGGGCUCCCAGGUUCAUGCUGCAGCUGUCAAUGGAGACAGGAGCACCCUACUCAAACUCAUCACAGCGGAGCCCUCGCUGCGGGACCGUGAGGACCAGUUUGGGCGGACCCCUUUGAUGUACUGUGUGCUGGCUGACCGGCUGGAUUGUGCAGAGACUCUGCUGAAGGCUGGAGCGUCAGUCAACAAGACGGACCACAGCCAGCGCACUGCUCUGCACCUCGCCGCACAGAAGGGGAAUGUGCGUUUCCUGAAGCUGCUGCUGUCCAGGCGAGCUGAUUGGCUGCAGAAGGACCUAGAGGAGAUGACCCCGCUCCACCUGGCCACCAGGCACCCCUCCCCCAAAGCCCUCGCUCUGCUGCUCAAACACAUAGGACCUGGAGAAGUGGACACGCAGGACAAGAACAAGCAAACUGCCCUCCACUGGUCUGCCUUCUAUAACCGACCAGAACAUGUUCGCCUUCUCAUCAAGCACGACUCCAACAUCGGCAUCCCAGACAGCGAGGGGAAGAUCCCUUUGCACUGGGCUGCACACAGCCAGGAGCCCAGCGCCACACAAACUGUCCGCUGCAUACUGGAAGCAGCUCCCACUGAGUCCCUGUUGAACUGGCAGGACUACGAGGGUCGGACACCCCUACAUUUUGCUGUUGCUGAUGGUAACGAGGCAGUGGUGGAGGUGCUGACGUCUUACGAGGGCUGCAGUGUGACGGCCUAUGACAACCUCUUCAGAACACCGCUGCACUGGGCUGCUCUACUCGGCCAUGCCAGGAUUGUGCACCUGCUGUUGGAGAGGAACACAUCAGGAACUAUUCCCUCUGACAGCCAGGGAGCAACGCCUCUGCACUACGGAGCGCAGAGCAACUACGCUGAAACUGUGCGUGUGUUUCUGUCCCACCCGUCGGUGAAGGAUGAGCCAGACUUGGAGGGGCGGACAGCUUUCAUGUGGGCUGCUGGGAAGGGCAGCGAUGAUGUCAUCCGUACCAUGCUGACCCUCACCCCUCAUAUCGAUAUCAACAUGGCUGACAAGUACGGAGGCACCGCGCUUCAUGCGGCCUCCCUGUCGGGCCAUGUGAGCACAGUGAGGCUCCUGCUGGAGAGGGGGGCCAUGGUCGACUCUUUGGAUGUGAUGAAGCACACGCCGCUGUUCCGCGCCUGUGACAUGGGACACAGAGAUGUCAUACUCACACUCAUCAAAGGUUCUGCACGUGUGGACCUAGUGGAUGUGGAUGGUCACACCGCUCUGCACUGGGCAGCUCUGGGCGGGAAUGCGGAGGUGUGCCAAGUGCUGAUGGAGAAUGGGAUUAGCCCUAAUGUACAGGACCAAGCGGGGCGGACCCCCCUGCAGUGUGCUGCCUACGGAGGCUACAUCACCUGCAUGGCAGUUCUCAUGGAGAACAAUGCCGAUCCAAACAUACAGGACAAGGAGGGCCGCACUGCUCUCCACUGGUCAUGUAACAACGGCUACCUGGAUGCUGUGAAACUGCUGCUGGGCUACAACGCCUUUCCCAAUCACAUGGAGCACACAGAGGAACGGUACACCCCCCUGGACUACGCCCUGCUGGGGGAGCACAGCGAGGUGACUCAGUUCAUGCUGGAGCACGGCGCUCUGUCGAUAGCAGCCAUCCAGGACAUCGCCGCUGCCUCCAUCCAGGCCAUCUACAAGGGCUACACAGUCCGCAAGGCCUUUAGGGAGAGGAAGCAGCUCCUCAUGAGGCACGAGCAGCUACGCAAGGACGCCGCCAAGAAGCGAGAGGAGGAACAGCGGAGAAGGGAAGCAGAGCAGCAGAUCUCACUGGCCAGCGCAGAGAAACGGAAGAUGUCACCGGCACAAGCAGAGCAAGAGAAGCUCUCCUUGGUGAACAUCAUGAAGGACCUAUCAGUGAAUGACUCAGUGGCGGAAGCAAAGAAAUCAUCCAAAGCUGAGCGCACUAAGAGCAAAGAUGAGGGACACAAAGGCCACAGGAGCCGAUCCUCCAGGAGAAGUAAGGAGGCUGAGCCACAUGAGGUCCCUAACGCUCUGCCCAGUCACUGUCAUGUGAAUUGCGACCCUGUUCCCUAUGCUGUCCAGACCACCAGGCUGAAGGAGCGACUAUCGCCGGCUGGCUGCAGUCGGCCUCCCAGCCCCAAACCCAGACCCCCCACCACGCCCAAGGCCAAGAAACGAUCUUCCUUGAAUUCAAGCACUCCCUCCAUGAGCUGCACCGCCACUGACCAAACUGACGCCAUCACCAAAGAACGCAUGCCGCUAAACAAGAGAGACACUCACACCACUGCACAGACAGCCCUUGGCAAGACUGACGCACACACCUCCCCGCAAAAGUACAGAAACAACAAGGAGCACAGUUCAGAAAGACCCGCAAAGAGCGACCAAUCACACACUCCCUCAUUAAGAUGCCGUUCUGCUCUGGACCACAAAAGCCCUUCCAGCAAGACACACACUCACGCUGCCACACACAUACCGAUCUCCAUGCGCACACAGAGGGAACAUGACAGAGAGCAGCACAGGAGGAGGAAUGAGGCUGCGCGCAUCAUCCAGCGAGCCUGGAGAAGGUUUCACGUAAGAAGCAGGAUGAGAGAGGUCCAUGCUGCGGAAGGGGCGGAGUCAACCGACGUGAGCCACGCCCACAACCGGAGGAAGGCCGAAAUCAGAGCUCCGGCCGCUAAAUCAGCACCAAGUAAGAGCUCGGUGCUGCAAAGCAUCUAUGGUAACUCUAUGGCCAGGCGAGGGCGUUCCCUUCGAGGCUCUCAGUCUCAGCUCCUCCUGGACUUGUCUCUACGCUCGCAGAGCCAGUUGAGCGGUAUAGAUUGCGUUCACCUGUGUGAUACCGUGAGUCAAGCCAAGCAUUACUCUUACCACCUGAGACCCCGCAGUGCUGGACAGGGGACAAGAGGCCGGGGAAAACACUGAGGCUGCACACACACACACGCGCACACACACACACACACACACACACACACACACACACACACACACACACACACACACACUCCCAGUUCGUGCUCAUGCUCUUUGAUGUUUUCUCAGCUGGCUGGCGACCUUACCUCUAUAGAAUUAUUGGGCACAUUGUUCCGUCAGUGUGCCAAGUUUUCUAAAAUUAAGCCAUAUGACAUCACAGCCAUGACCUCACAGGGUGGGGUUAAGUCUACAGAAAUGGUGUGUGUAAAAGAUAACCUUUCAUCCAUUGUGGAAGGAACACACACACACACACCAUCUCACUCGCUCUCCAUCUCUCAAACACACACACUGAGAUAACCUUUCCUCCUGAUGUGGAGAAUGAGGCAGUCUAUCAACAGCCAGUCAUACAGCAAGUCCACCUGCAGCCACAUGCGCACACACACACAUACACACACACACACACACGUUUUUCUCUGUUACUCUCAAAACACCAGUCUGGUCUCUCAGUGCCUUCCUUCUCAAGUGGAAGAUGUAUUUCUGAACUAUGCUGAUUUUAUUUACGCUCAUAUACAUUUGCACAAAAGUAGUCCUUAUUUUAUUGGCACUAUUUUGUAAUUAUAAACAUAUACCUCAUUGUUGUUUCCUGCUUUUUUAUUGUGUUAGAGAAAAAUACAAAAAAAAAAUGAAUAAAUGCAA